UCUGGUUCUUGUUUACGAGGCAAAUCAAAAAGACCUGACACACCUCAAGCAUUACGCGUUUUGUUAAGCUCUACAAUGUCAUAUAGAUUAGUGUUUUACACAGCAUCAGCGCGCGCUGCACGGUGACAAUAGCGUUUAACGGACAAAGUUGGCCGUUUUAAGUGCUGACGUGUCGUUUGGCGAGCGGCCAGUGCCGCAUCUGGAAGGACACGCCUGUCCGCUGUCCCAGCACCUUUAACUGGGAGUCAGCACUCAAAGUCACGUCAAAAUGUCAAGAACCAGUCGAAGGUCCAAAGCUUUGCACCCCAGUAACGGGCACACGUUGGCCGGAUGCGAUCCGCUGAGAGCGGCGCGCGUGCGUGUGCGUGUGCGCGUGCUGCUGCUGUGUCUCUGCGGCGCGCUCUCGCUGGCCGUGAUUCUGGUGCUGUAUAUCUCUGCGGAGUCCAGUACCAGCAGCUCAACACAACACCACACUGCAGAUCUCAUCAGGGACAGGCUUUCCCAUAAGCCAAGUAAACACUCAGUAGCACAAAUAAAGAAGUUUGCAGCACAGGUGGAUGGGCAUCGGCUGUGGGAGACUCACCUGCGGCCCCUCCUGAUUCAACGAGUGCCUGGGACUGCAGGAAGUCAGACCAUACGACAGCAUAUCUUGUCCCGGCUGGGUUCACUGUCGGCAGGAUGGACGCUGGAGGAGAAUUCCUUCGUUUCAUCCACCCCGAAGGGUGACGUGACCUUCACCAAUGUGCUAGCAGUGCUGGACCCCUCGGCUCCUCGCAGGCUGAUCCUAGCAUGCCACCACGACUCAAAGAUCUUUCCCACCGACCCUAAAAACCCCAGGCGAGUGUUUGUGGGAGCCAGUGACUCAGCCGUUCCCUGUGCCAUGAUCUUGGAGCUGGCUGCGUCUCUGGACACACAGCUUAAAGCCCUCAAACAACAGAGGUCUGCGCUGACAUUGCAGUUGGUGUUUUUUGAUGGAGAGGAGGCCUUUGAGGAAUGGACAGACACCGACUCUCUCUACGGUUCUCGUCAUCUGGCUGAACUGAUGGCUCGUUCCCCUCACCCUUCUGGAGCCACCAAAACCACUCUACUCCAGGCAGUGGAUCUGUUAGUCCUGCUGGAUCUGCUUGGUGGCCCAGAACCAUUGAUUGUCAAUCACUUUGAUAACACAGCAAGAUGGUUUGACCGACUCAUCGCUGCAGAGAAGAGACUCCACAAACAGGGCUUGUUGACAUCUCAUCCAUCAGAACAGAGUUACUUCAGGAAGGAUUUUUACCUUGGCCCAGUGCAGGAUGACCACGUUCCAUUCUUAAACAGAGGUGUUCCAGUGCUGCACUUGAUCCCCACACCGUUCCCUGUUUUCUGGCACACACUGGAUGAUGUGGAGGAGCGGAUGCACAGGCCCACGGUGGAAAACCUCACUAGAAUCCUGGCCAUCUUUGUGGCGGAGUACCUGAGCCUGUAAACAUGCUGUAAUGAUCAUCGUACAGCAGACGUUUACUCACGUGACCACGUGUUCAGCGCAGUU